GAUGGAACAUGUUUAAGAAAACGAGAGGACAGCGACAUAUGAACACGUCUACAUUUUAAUUAGCAUGUUUUCUAUCGACAGGAUAUUACAUUUGCCCUACCUCGAAAUAGGAUGUAAAGAAAUAUUACAGUCGAAUUACAUAGCUAAUAUGUAAAAUAACGUUGGAUUGUUAUUGAAAGAACUGAAUGAAUAGUUAUCAUUCAUAAAUAGAUAAUUGAUAGGCCUAUCUGAAAGUUUAACAAGGGCGGCGAUGUAAUCGUUUUGUUUAAUUCGUCUGUUCGGGAUUCUUCCCUGACAUCUUCAUUCGUCCUGGUGUGUUGUGCAGGAAUGGUUGCAGGAAAAUGAAAAAAACCAGCAUGGAAAUUCAAUGCCAAAUGGAUAUGGGUUUUUCUACAGAUUUCUGUCUUGUAUGAUGCUGUGUGGGCGUAAAAUGCGAACACGUUGGAUUGUAAAGUGGCUUACGGACUUGAGUGGAGGAGGAACAGUGUGGGACGUAUUCGCUAUCUAUCAGCCAGAAUAAAUACGGAAAAAAUAGGUGACUGGUGAUCUGGUGGCAGGCUAGCAUGCCACUGAGGGACAAACAAAAGACUAAACUCGUCCUUUUUGGAUAAAUCACGUGCGAGCAACCCAAACAUGCCUCGGUGGAUUUUCUGAUGUUAUGUCGACACCUGUUUUUGAUAAUAUUUUAUAUCACCCCUAAAACUCCAUCGGCGCCCCGUUCCUUAUCAAAAUAGAAUAGGCUACAACAUUUUCGCUGCGAACCUUGGACAGCUUCAUGCAAGGAUUGCUGCUGUGCCAUAAUUGUGAAGAAAAAAAGAUACAAAAUGUGCAUUUGACCAUUCAGUUGGACAUUAAUAGCAACUAAUCAUGCUCGUUGCUUUAUCUGAACCUCUGGAGUUUCAUAUUAUUUUUUGUUCCAGCUUGCAUUGGAUUCUGACAGAAAGAGCCUGCCAACCAUGAAAAAACUUCCGCAUUGUCUGUACCUAAUACACAUGGUGUAACCAGAGAAAUUGUAACUCGAGUGAGCUCUUUUUACAAUAGGCUAAGAUAUUUAAAUAUCUAUUGACCGGAAUUUGAGAUGCACAGCCAUGUUUUUUUAUAGACACCUCUGAUAUUUUGUUUUGAUAUCAAUAGCUUGAACCAAAUAGCACUGGGUCAUAGGCUUAUGAAUCGCGAAAUAAUUCACUUAUAGCCAAAUUAGCAUAAUGAUAAUAGGUAUAUUACGGCCGUUUUGGAUAUGUGCCAAGUAAUUGAUUUAUCCAACUCCAUGCGUUCUAUUUCACGAAGCCGAAUGUUGCCUAUUUAGUUCAGAAUGUUUAAGUACCGGAUCCGUAUGUUUUUCAAUGAACUGAAAGUUCUGGUUUUGAUGCGGUCUGGCUCAAGACGGAGUACCGAUUCAGACGCAGACCCAGACAGACGAAUAAGCAUGCGAGGACUUGGUAUGGGAGGCUGUGGAUGGCCUCCAUUCGAUUGCUCAAACCGUGAUGAUGAAGAGGAGUACUACGGUACCGACCCUCGGCCUCGGAGCCUGGCAUUUGAGGAGAAAGAUGCGAAACUCCAAGCGGGCCUUGACGCUGUUUCACUCACCGGUAGUUUGGACAGUGGCAUGAGCUCACCGCAGUGCCGAAUCUGCUUCCAGGGCCUUGAACAGGGGGAAUUGCUGAGCCCAUGUCGCUGUGAUGGCUCAGUGCGUUGUACUCACCAGCCCUGCCUCAUCCGCUGGAUCAGCGAGAGAGGCUCAUGGAGCUGUGAACUAUGCUACUUCAAGUACCAGGUCCUGGCCAUCAGCACCAAGAACCCACUGCAGUGGCAGGCAAUUUCUCUGACAGUUAUUGAGAAGGUGCAGAUUGCUGCCAUCAUCCUGGGGUCUCUGUUCCUCAUUGCCAGUAUUUCCUGGCUUGUGUGGUCGUCCCUCAGCCCCUCAGCCAAGUGGCAGCGCCAAGACCUGCUCUUCCAGAUCUGCUAUGGCAUGUACGGCUUCAUGGACAUUGUGUGCAUAGGCCUCAUAAUCCAUGAGGGAUCAUCUGUUUACCGGAUCUUUAAACGCUGGCAAGCAGUGAACCAGCAGUGGAAAGUACUGAAUUAUGAGAAAGCCAAGGACUUGGGAGACCCCAUCAGCUCCAGCAGUAAGGGUGGGGGGCGUGGCGGGAGGAACCCUCCCCAUAGCUCAUCCGGAUCAGACAGGGGAGGGCGAGCGGGCCAACGCGUUAGGACUAUUCUCAACCACCACUGUGGCUACACCAUCCUGCACAUCCUCAGUCAGCUGAGACCCACAGAUCCACGCAUUACCUCCAAUACCAACCGGGAGGUGGUCAUGAGGGUGACCACUGUAUGAGACUGGGUUGCAUGGGGGAGGGGGACUGAAUGGCAAGGGACAUCUGGGGGUUGGAGUGGAAAACAGCCAGCAACUUACCCUUAGACACAUGCAACUUUCUCCAAGAACAGGAGACUCUACUCUUAACCUCUGGCCUCACCCUCCUCUCUAGUGUCUAACUGAGUCUCAGAUGGUGCAGUGAGAGGGAACUAACACAAGGGCAUGGACGCAAAAAUCCUCCUUUCUUAUCCUGGAACCCCUAGUUGACACGAGGGGGGUAAGCAGCGCAGUGCUGAGGUUACAGACACUGUAGGACAAAGACAUUAAUGAGACAUUGGACAAAAAAGUAACAUCUUCAAACAGCUGGAGGGCUUUCUCUUGACAGCUGAAUUACACAAAACGGUGUCAUUAUUCAUGUUGUUCUGUUUUCUAAAGAAAAAUUGCUAAUAUUGUUACAUAUUUUCAUUUUAGCAUCAUAAAAUUGCAAGUUUUUUUUCUUAUAUACAACCCAUGCCAGCAAAUGGAAAUCCUUCUAAUUUACAUCACUUCUCAAUUCCAGCCCUGUAUCUCAUCUUCCACAACCCUUCUCCCUGUUGUGACAGUCAUCCACUGUCCAUUACACUUGACUUCCAGCUACAAGCUGUCUGGGAAGGUCCCUUAAAUAUACAAGCAAACAAGUGCAAUAAAUCGAUCAAAUAUGACAAAUAAUAUAAAUUAUUAAAGUUCCAAAAUUACAAAUCAUCCUCUGCAAUAAAGAUAUCUGACAUGGUGAACCCUGUGUUGCAUUAAUGGUUUGUGUUACUCCGUGACUCCUUUAUAAAACCAUUAAUUUUUAUGCCUCGUUUCUGUUCCAUUACUAUUACUUUAAGUAUUACAAGUAUUAAAACUAGGCUGAUUGUGGUAAUUAAUUAAGGGUUUAACGUUAUUUCGUCAAA